AUGGCUCGAGCACCGCGGUUGUCGGGACUGCAGUCUCUGCAUCUGCAACUCGCCAUCGCGCCAUUGUCGUGGUCGUCCACUCGAUCAUGUUUCGUUCGCUCUCGCGCCAUUUCGACCACGUGCGCCGCCCGAGGGAAGAAUACCGAUUGGGUUCGAGGAAAGCUCUGGAAGGACGAAGCUCCCGGCCCCGAGGACCCGUACACGCAGAGGCCGGAGGAGGAGAAUGUGUCGAAACUGCCGGAAGAGGUGCUCCAGUCGAUGCCGCGUCGAGAUAGGACCCCCGCCGCCGUUCGGGACUCGCGCCUGGUGUUGCCGCCAAAGCGAACGGAGGCGAUGUCGGAGAAAGAAUUGAAAGCGUCGGACCCGACAUAUGCACCAGCCACCGACGCCUCGGGCCUCGAGGAGAUUGAAACGGUCCGGUCAUGGUGGCACCAGCCGGGGCAUUGGGGCGAGGAGAGCGACUUUCGGCCAUUUGCCAGCACCGAAAAGGUCGCGGACAAGGACGUGAUCGAGGUCUAUCUGCGAAGAGCGGUCGUCGAGGUGCUUGCGCUGCAAGAGGCUGGCUCCUUUUCCCCGUGGUCGACCAAGAAGUGGAGGGCGGGCGACAGGAAUGCGCUGGACGAAGCGUUGGCUGUCGAGAUUCAGAUCCGCGAUGGCAAGCCAUCUCUCAAGGGCAACUCCUCAUCUGUAUGCCGAGCCCUGACGUCCGAGGCUGAGGAAGCAGCCGAGGCGGUCGAGAAAGUCUCACAGGAGGAGGCGAGGAAAUUGAUCAAGGCCUGGGACCCGUCGUGGAAGGACGUCAGCUUGGGCGAUGAGGAAAAAUUUGCCGUUCGAAAACGACUCUAUCAGCUCACAGGCAACCUCAUCCCCGAUUCGAAGCUCGGGGCGGCGCGAACGGUCAAGCAUCUGCUGACGCUCACGGCGAAGCCGACGAAGGCACCGAAGCUCGCGGAACAGCUCAGGCGGCGUGAUGACUUGCGGAAGCUAACAAACGUCGAGCUGCACGACAGCAAGAUUGGACCGAUCCAGAAGGAGAUGGCCAUCGGCCGCUGGAAGGUGAUUGAGGCCGAGCUCAAGAAGCGCAACCUGCCCGUCACCGGAGCGGCGGGCUUGUCCAAGAAUAAGGAGCGAGAUUGGUUGACGGGAAAGAUGUAA